GGUGUCAGCCUCCUUCUUUUUGUGUAACGCUGCAUUGUGCCCUCACUCCUCCCUCUUCUAUUUUUCACUUCAACUCUUUAUUUUUUGUUUAAAACUACACCAAAUAAGGUUAAGUUUGACAUUUUUUCCCUCACAUUCUUUCAUGUUACACCCAUGUCUUUUUUUUUAUUUAAGUUCAAAACUCUGCAAACUUCCUGUAUGUGAGUUUCAGUGUACCCUCCUCCACUACUUCCCCCGCCAGCCUCUCUUCUCCCUUCAGCUGAGCUCCUCUUCCUCCUGAGCUCACUCUGCCGACUGCGUUCGCGUUGACUGGCCAGAGUCCGCGAGCUGAACAUCCUGCUUUUGAUCCACAGCGUUCCUCUCCCUCUGUCAUUCGCCUCAGUCCUGCCUUCCCUUCUGGUAAAUAUUGCUGCUUCCGUUUUUCUGGACCUGACUGUUAAUCUCUCAGCUCAUCGGCUCCUGGUUCCUCUCCCCACUUCCUGUUCGGCUUCUGACUCUUGAUUGGCCAUGUCGUACCACAGCUUUUUGCUGGAACCAAUUAGCUGCCACGCCUGGAACAAAGAUCGAACCCAGAUCGCACUGUGCCCCAACAACCAUGAGGUCCACAUCUACAAGAAAGAUGGGGCGAAGUGGACCAAAAUCCACGAGCUGAAGGAACACAACGGACAGGUGACAGGGAUCGACUGGGCCCCAGAGAGUAACCGUAUAGUCACCUGUGGAGCAGACCGCAAUGCUUACGUGUGGACCCUUAAAGAGGGGGCCUGGAAGCCCACCUUGGUCAUCCUCAGGAUCAACCGUGCUGCUCGCUGUGUUAAGUGGUCGCCAAAGGAGAACAAGUUUGCUGUCGGCAGCGGCUCGCGGCUCAUCUCCAUCUGCUACUUUGAGCAGGAAAAUGACUGGUGGGUGUGCAAGCACAUCAAGAAGCCAAUCCGCUCUACCAUCUUGAGCUUGGACUGGCAUCCCAAUAAUGUGCUGCUGGCAGCCGGAUCAUGUGACUUCAAAUGCAGGGUUUUUUCCGCCUACAUAAAGGAGGUGGAGGAGAAGCCGAGCGCCACCCCCUGGGGCAGCAAGAUGCCUUUUGGGGAGGUGAUGUUUGAGUCUGGAGGGUCAGGAGCUCAGGUCCAGACUUCAGGGGGAGGAGGAGGCGGUUGGGUGCAUUGUGUGUGUUUCUCGCACUCCGGCAACCGUCUGGCCUGGGUUUCCCAUGAUUCCACUGUGUCCGUCGCAGAGGGAGGCAAGACUGGCACGGUGAACAGCCUGAGCUCAGAGGCGCUUCCUCUCCUGUGUGUGACUUUCAUCACUGAGAACAGCAUAGUAGCAGCUGGUCAUGACUGUUACCCGGUGCUGUUUGUGUACGAUGGCGCCAAAGGCAGCCUGACAUUUGGCGGUAAGCUGGAUGUUCCAAAGCAAGCUGCCCAGAAGGGAAUCAGCGCCAGAGAGCGUUUCCAGAACCUGGAUCGCCGAGCUUCAGAGACUCAGGGCACUGACAAGGACCUCAACACGCUCCACAAGAACAGCAUCAGUCAAAUCUCUUUGCUGGAGGGAGGAAGAAGCAAGUGCACCAAGUUCUGCACCACCGGCAUGGAUGGAGGAAUGGGCAUCUGGGAUGUCAAGUCUCUGGAGUCGGCUAUGAAGGACUUGAAGAUCGUGUGAGCUGCUUUACAUUUACCUGAUCAAAAUCAAAAUGCUUCUGUAUCAAGACAAUUGCUGCAUUGUUCUAAAAAGCUUCAUGGCUGUAUUUUUUAUCAAAAGUUUGCCACUCUUUUAAAUUUACAAAUGAAACAGUGUUUGUUCGUCUUCUCAUGACAAGGCUCUGUACAAAGGGGCUGGCCUCAGGUUGGCAAAUGGUACUUAUUCUGCUGCAUUAGUACAGUCACAGCUCAGCCUGAGCUUAAUGCUUAAAGCAGCCAUUUUAUAUACAUAGCAAGGGAAAUCUGGAAUCUUUUUACAAAGCUUAUGCUGGUCAUAAUAUGCAUUUAAUAAACAAUUUCUGUCACAGAAA